UGUCAAAUCGUUCGCCAAGGAUUCUCAUCGAAGCUAUUCUCCUUUGAAAGGGUUCUUUGCUACAAGCGCGGAAGAGUUUUAAGUACAAAGACUGGUUUUUGCUUCCUUGUCCAUGGAGCCAUGGUUAUGAAUUGGCGAAGCAUCUGAAUUCUGCGAGCCGGAAGAUGAGUAUAGUGCCGAAGGAGACAAUAGAGGUGAUAGCGCAAAGCAUUGGUAUAAACAAUUUAAGUGAAGAUGCAGCCCUUUCUCUCGCUCCUGAUGUCGAAUAUCGCAUGCGGGAGAUCAUGCAAGAAGCAAUCAAAUGUAUGCGUCAUUCCAAGAGGACUACCUUGACCUCUGAUGAUGUUGAUACUGCUCUCAGCCUCAGAAAUGUCGAGCCAGUAUAUGGCUUUGCAUCAGGUGGUCCUUUGCAGUUCAAAAGAGCCAUUGGUCAUAGGGAUCUGUUUUACAUUGAUGACAAGGAUGUGGAUUUUAAAGAUGUGAUUGAAGCUCCAUUACCAAAAGCACCACUUGAUACUUCAGUUGUUUGUCACUGGCUAGCUAUUGAAGGUGUCCAACCUGCUAUACCUGAAAAUGCUCCAUUGGAAGUUAUUUUGCCUCCUCCUGAUGGCAAAAACAAUGAACAAAAGGAUAAACUUCCAGUUGAUAUUAAAUUGCCAGUGAAACAUGUAUUAUCUAGGGAGUUGCAGCUAUACUUUGAUAAAAUUACAGAGCUUACAGUGAGAAGGUCUGAUUCAGCCCUCUUUAAAGAAGCGUUGGCGAGUCUAGCCACUGACUCAGGACUUCAUCCAUUGGUUCCUUAUUUCACGUGCUUCAUAGCUGAUGAGGUUGCUUGUGGUUUAAAUGAUUAUAAACUUCUCUUUGCCUUGAUGCGUGUUGUUUGGAGUCUUCUUCAGAACCCUCAUAUUCACAUUGAACCUUAUCUACAUCAAUUGAUGCCAUCUGUAGUCACCUGCCUUGUUGCAAAAAGGUUAGGGAAUAGAUUUGCAGACAACCACUGGGAACUCAGAGACUUCACUGCUAACCUGGUUGCCUCGAUCUGCAAAAGAUUUGGGCAUGUUUAUAGCAGUCUCCAGACCCGUUUGACAAAAACUUUGGUCAACGCACUUUUGGACCCAAAACGGUCACUGACUCAGCACUAUGGUGCAAUUCAAGGACUGGCAGCUCUAGGACCCAAUGUGCAGGUUCGCCUUCUUAUACUGCCAAACCUUGAGCCUUAUCUCCAAGUUCUUGAACCAGAGAUGCUGCUUGAGAAGCAAAGGAACGAGAUGAAGAGGUAUGAAGCUUGGCGUGUUUAUGGAGCGUUAUUGCAUGCAGCAGGACAGUGCAUAUAUGACCGGCUUAAGAUUUUCCCACCUUUGCCAUCACCUCCAGCACACACAGUGUGGAGGAGCAAUGGAAAAGUUGUUACAGGUUCAAAUAAACGCAAGGCAAGCACUGAGCACUUGGAACAACCGCCGGCAAAGAAGAUAGCAACUGAUGGGCCAGUUAUGGCAUCAUCAUCACCAUCUCAUAUGCAAGGGGAAGCUAUUGCUCCAGCUCCUUCAAAUGAUUCUAAUGUGGGUCCAUCCGCAUCUUCUGAACAUAUGCCAAACAAUGACUUGGAUGGCAAAGUUGAAAGAGGGAAGGGAGAUCGUCGAUCAAUAAAGACGUCGGCCAUCCUCAAUCAGGUAUGGAAGGAUGAUUUGAAAUCUGGGCAUAUCCUGGCAUCACUGUUUGAGCUGUUUGGUCAAGAUAUUCUAUCCUUCAUUCCAGCCCCUGAGAUGUCAUUAUUCUUGUGAUUAAUUCUGAAAAUCUAUUGCAUGCAAGAUGCAGUCCAGAUGGAAUCAUGUUUAUUUAGAAGACGAGUUCAAUCUCCAUGAAAUGUUUAUAGAGGAUUUUACAUUUGUAGAUUU